AUGGAGCCCAACUCACUCAUGUGGGUAGGCUCACCUUGUGGUUUGCACGGACCGUACAUUUUCUACAAGGCAUUUAGAUUUCACCUUGAAGGCAAACCAAGAAUUCUGUCCCUUGGUGACUUUUUCUUCGUAAGAUGUAAGCCAGAGGAUCCGAUUUGCAUAGCAGAGCUCCAGCUGUUAUGGGAAGAAAGGACAAUCAAGCAACUUUUAUCCAGCUCCAAACUUUAUUUUCUCCCAGAAGAUACUCCCCAGGGAAGAACUGUCAGUCAUGGAGAGGACGAGGUCAUUGCAGUGUCUGAGAAAGUUAUUGUGAAGUUGGAGGACUUGGUGAAAUGGAUGGUGUGGGAUCCAUCUGGCUGGAAGAAGGGUCUGAGGGCCACUCCACUGAAGCCCACAAUACUGAGAGAGCUGGGCAAGAACGGGCAGAGAGAGGCCCUUUGCAAGUACAGAGAAUCCACUCUUAACAGUGGCCUCAACUUCAAGGAUGUCCUAAAGGAGAAGGCCGAGCUGGGUGAGGAUGAAGAGGAGAAGAAAGCACUGGUGUUGAGUUACCCCCAGUACUGCCGCUAUCGCUCCAUCAUCGCGCGUCUACGUGAACGCCCCACUUCACUCCUGACCGACCAAGUGGUGCUAGCACUGGGGGGCAUCGCUUCGCUCACCAACAACACCCAGAUACUCUACUGCAGGGACACCUUUGAGCACCCCACGCUUGUGGAGAAUGAGAGCAUCUGCGAUGAAUUCGCACCCAACCUGAAGGGCAGGCCCCGGAAGAAGAAGCCCUCCAUCUCCCAGAGACGAGACUCACAGGGCCAAAGUGCAUCUGUCAAGGAGCACAACAACAUGGAGGCCAAGGCCCCAGCCAAGGUGAAAGCAGAAUCCAAGACCAUGGCGGCCAAAGCCAAAAGUAACACUAGCUGUAAAAAGGUAGCAGCUGAGGAUAAAUCUCAGACGGGGGCAGGUGAGGAGUGCCACGCCGACGAGCAGGCCUUCCUCGUAGCUUUGUACAAAUACAUGAAAGAGAGGAAAACCCCCAUCGAGAGGAUACCCUAUCUGGGCUUCAAGCAGAUAAACCUUUGGACUAUGUUUCAAGCUGCUCAGAAACUGGGAGGAUAUGAUCUGAUCACAGCCCGCCGACAGUGGAAAAAUGUAUACGACGAGCUGGGUGGGAAUCCAGGCAGCACCAGCGCAGCCACAUGCACACGCAGACACUAUGAGAGGCUUAUCUUACCAUACGAGAGAUACAUGAAAGGAGAGGAGGACAAGCCAUUGCCCCCCAUCAAGCCUCGCAAACAGGAGAGCAGCGCCCAGGAGGGGGCCAGCAAGACAAAAGUUGCGGCAAUGAAGCGCUCUAAAGAAGAGCAAAAUGGGAGGCCCCAUAAUGAAAAGGACGCCUCAACUAAAGUCCUGGAGCCGAGCUCAGAGGACAAAGAGGACAAGGAACAACUCCCAGAGGAAGCGCUGGUGAAGCAGGAGACACAGCCUCCUCAAACUCUGCCUCAGGGGGAUGGAGACGCCAAGAGUUCCGUCACGGAGGAGAAUGACCUGCAGGUGACUGUGAAGCAGGAAGAGGAGAAGCAACAACUCCACAGCGUCGCCAGGAAUGGCAGCCCAAACAGUCGAGAUGACGGAAACACCCUGCCUCCACUUCCGCAGGACAACCCACCCCUAAAUAAAGAAGACCCUGAUGGGUUCCCCAUUGUUGCACCUAAGCCACUACGUCAUAACCUCCCACAUUCUCGAACACAGGACCAACGACAGCAUGGGAUGCCCGAGUACAAGUCACCACUGUGCGCUUCAGGAAAUAUGAAAGAGUCUGGUUUGAAUGAGAGCCAGAACCUUGUUGGCAUGGUGUUGCCUAGCCUGAAGCAGAGAGCACCGCAGCCCCUCUCAACUCCAGAGAUCCCAACUGAGAAGGCUGAACUCCCUAGCAAGGAGGAAACCUGCUUUAGCUACAACCCGCUACACUACCCCAGGGGAAACCCUGGCAUCAUGUCUCCUUUAGCCAAGAAGAAGAUGCUGUCUCAGGUCAGUGGUACCGGCUUGCCUAGUAACUAUUCUUAUGGCCCACCUCCCCCACUGAUCAGCAAGAAGUCAUCUGGUGGUGGCACUGAGGAUGUGGCCACUGGGCAGCAGAGCUCCCAGUCCUCCUCCACAACAGAGGCUGUGGUGAUCAAACGGCCCUCUGUCAUCCAGCAUGCCCAAAGCUUCAAGCCCCGAAGCACUGAGGACAUAAGGCCAGCAGCAGAGGGCUUACAGAGAGACUUGUCUAGAGAGCCUUACUCUUCUGAGAUCUCCCAGCACCAGCCCUUGCAUCAACUCAAGUCCAGCCCCACAGGAGAUCCCUACCUCCUGAGAGCAAACCUUCACAGCACUGUGGAAAAGUCCAUAGAAACUCCUCGUCCCGGCCAAGCCCCUAGCUUCCUGAGCGACUUCUAUUCAUCACCGCACCUGCAUAGCCUCUAUCGUCAGACUGAGCACCAUUUAAACAAGGAGCAGUUGAGCAAGUAUCUGAGUAAGGAGGCUUUCCCUCGGGACUGUGAGGGUAUGCAGGGCUUCCCUCCCAGUCAGCACCCAGAAAAUGUGGGGUAUAGCAGCCGCCAGAAAGAAAAGACACCUCCCGGAGACAGAGAGGCGGAAGAUCAACCGACAGACUUGAGCCUCCCUAAGCCCUCUCCCCACAAACUGACCUCUUCUACUCCGUCUGUCUGCAGCCUCACACAUCCCAUAAUGCAGCAGGACAUGAAAAACACUCCUCUCUUUCAAACAGGCAACAGUCAGAGUUCUAGCCUGGACUACCACCCCAGAGCCUGUCGGGUCUCUCCCAUGACUGUGUCCACGCCAAAAAAGGCAGUUGACUGUCAUUCCAGAGGUCUGGAAAAAGUACACAAUGGAAGAGUGGAGGAGACACUCGGCUACAAGGUGGAAGAGAUGGCUCGGCCCAUCCUGAGCAGCAAAAGCAGCCCGCAGAAUAUUGGCGCAGCACGUCCACUCAAGAGGAACCUCGAGGAGCUGGAGAACGGGCCUCCAGAGAGAAAGAUCCGUGCUGUGACACCCAUGCAUUGCUCCACGCCUAAGGACACUCCAGGGAAAGUGCGGACACCUGAACCUGACAGUGAAUCCAUGAAGCCGGCUGAGCCGGCACACGCUGUGCACAUCAACAGCUAUGCCACAGAGGGCCACAAGUUCCCACUGCACUCGCCCAUGUUCCCGGGACUUUACCCGGGGGCCUUCGUAUCUCAGGUACAGGACAUGUGUGACAGCCUGGGCUCCCAUGUUACCCCUGGUUACUCCCAUCCUUUACAGUACUUGAAGAACCAGGCUGUCCUCUCUCCACUAAUGCCCCCCUUUGCCAUCCAUUCCUUUAUGAUGCAGAGACAGUUCCUGGCCCAGGCGGCCAGUCCAGCUCACAUGUACAGACACCCAGUGGCAGCCUCAUAUGGGGACAUUCUACAUCACAGCCUCUAUCCUAUGUCAGCCCUAAACCCUCAACCAGCCUUCAGCCCCCCUCAGCUCUCCUCUGUGCAUCCCAGCACCAAACUGUCCUAGGUGAAAGCAGCCUGACAUUCCUUCUGGACUGGAGUUGCCUGGCAGAUAUUAUUACAGAGACAAUGCACAUUAUUGCAAGCGUGACCAUGCUAUAGACCCCACAAAGUACAGACAAAGAGUUCUGUAAAUGCUUAACUUGGGAGCAAUCAAACAAUUUUUUUUUCUCUCUCUUUUGUUGUUGUUAAUGUUGUUGUUUGUUUCUCUUUUUUUUGCCACUCAAGUUUAUGAUUUGCACAUUUCUUUGAACAUGGGCCAACAGGGCUGAUUGUGUCUUGCUCUCACUGUGCUGUAGCAGGUGUUGCUUGUUGUCUGGAAUGAAUAAGCAGAACCAUGGAACAAGUGGAAUGCUUGGAGAGUCUUGUGGAGGAGCAACAGUAGCUCUAUCUAUAGUGCUGGGUAUCCAAACGAUAAUAAUAACAAGACAAGUGACAAAUCAGUACAAUGCAGCAGUGCAAUUUCAGUCAGGCUAAGCACCCUUGUUGGAAACACUAUGAGAAGAUGAAGCAAGGGGCACUGCUUGGUGAACUUUUGUAAUCAUGCUUUACCAUCAGAAAAGAUCCUUUUCAUGUUAAUCUUUACUGUGCAUUUUUUUUUAAUAUAAUAGUGUGAUAGUUUAGUGUGUUUAUAUUUCAAACCUACAGGGGUUUACUAGUAAGAUAUUGAAUGCUGUUAUUUGAGACGCCACAAAAAAAAACCCUGAAUAUUUCAGUGUGUUACACAGUUAUAUGUAUAUAAAAAUACUGAAGCUUUCCUUGAAGGGAUCUUUAAAAGCCAGUGCUAAAAUGUAAGUAGGUUUCACAUGCUUCUCCCACAACAGGCCGCUGGUCUCCUCCACUGCUUCUCUCUCACACCCAGUGCAGCUUGCUAACAUUUGCCAGAGCGAUGUGGAAUGUGUUUGUCAAAUGUAGGACUGAGGUGCUUGUACAUAACUUAAACGAACUGAUUACAACACUUUGUAUCGUAUUCACUGGAUACUGUAAUUUCAUUCUACUCUCAGCUGCAGCUUAGGAAGUCGGGCACGGGUGGAUUGUGAACGGCGGAAGGGUUUUAUGUUCAGGACUACUUUGGGUUCAGAAAUUGACUUGUGUUUCUCUGCAGUUGGACACUUCUGAUUGCCUUUUUUUUUUCUUUUUUUUUUACUCGGAAGACCAUUUUUCAGGAGCCACAUUACAUACAGAUUAAGCACUUAGUUAAGCACACAGACCAUGCCGCUACUGACUGUUUCUUCAUGUAGAUGGCUGGCAUUCAAAUUUAAGUUUGAAUUUGUACAACUUAAAGGUCUGUAAAGGUCUGUAAUGGCAGUGAUUCUCUCUCUUUAAAUGUGUUACACUUGCAGGAAAAUAGUUGUCAGUAGAAAAAAAAAUCAUAAUUUGUUUGCACAAAGGAUUUUGAAAACGAACCAAGACAACGUCAAAGUGUCACAAUCUUCCUAGAGUAAUCAGUUUUCCUGAUGUAAUAGUGGUAGAAACUAAACUUCAAGUUCAAGAGCUGUAUUUACUCCGACAAUGUUUGGAGUAACACUUAAGGUUGCUAUGUAACA